AUGACGGUCCCUUAUCUUCGCAAUAUCCUUCUUGCCUUGCAGCUUUUCCUGGUCUUUGUUCGUGCGGAUCUCAACAUCAGCGGCGAGACGAUAACGACACGUUUCUGGGACUGCUGCAAACCCUCAUGUUCAUGGAAGGGUAAGGCCGAGGUAUCGCGUCCCGUCCAGGACUGUCAAUGGGACGAUGCCCCAAGUACAGACAUAAACGGUGGCACAGGCUGCGGUGAAGGAGGAGGAGCCUACACAUGCAACAACCAACAGCCAUGGGCGAUUAAUGACACUCUAUCCUACGGGUUCGCGGGCGUCUUCAUCACUGGCCAUCCCGAGAUUGAGUCCUUUUGGUGCUGUGCCUGCUACCAGCUGGACUUCACCAGCGAGCCGCUCAAGGGCAAGAGCAUGAUUGUUCAAGCAUCCAACACGGCAUACGAUGUGAAAACUACCAACCGAUUCUCCCUGGCGAUACCUGGAGGCAAUACCACACGAUUUGACGGAUGCACCAAACAGUAUAAUGUCAACCAAACCGUCUUUGGGAAUCCCAACUCUGGAGUCGGAUCCCUGGACGCCUGCAACAACCUGCCCGAGAAACUUCAAGCGGGCUGUCGCUGGCGUUUCGACUGGUUCCAAGAUGCGCAGUAUCCGAGCGCAAACUUCAAACGCGUAGUCUGUCCAUCCGAACUGACAGACAGAACCAAGUGUGUCCGCAAAGACGAGCAAGCUUUUGCCGAGGGACGGAGUUUCGCGACAUCCAACUUCUGCCCCUCAGCUUGGUUCGCGAUGCUAUCCGUCAUCUUCACAAGUUUCAUUCUGGCAUAG